UUUUUGUUUUUGAUUUUGAUUUUGUUUUUGUUUUUUGCUUUUUGAUUUUGUUUUUGUUUUUGUUUUUGUUUUUGUUUUUGUUUUUGCUUUUAGCUUUUUGCUUUUUGUUUUUGUUGUUUUGUUUUCCAAGUCCCGCUCAAAUGGCGCUGGGGAAACUACUCGGGUCUACGUGUGUCCUACAUCCAGCGGGCUGCCAUCUGGCGGAAACGUGUUUCGUAAUUCCAUGCCUCGCGAUGUAUGGUUGGGGCCACUUGGCCCCACGUGCACGUCCUCUCCGGAAGCGGUGCAUGGGGCCGAUGGGUGGUCAUGACAGAAGUUCGCGUGGGGCUGUGCGAGAUGCCGGUGCUGCACCCAGCCCUUCCCAGCCGCGCGGAGGGUCUGAUGUCAUGGUGUCGUUUCGUGGUGUUGGGUCAGCCGGCCCAUGGAAUCUCAAGCCUCGGGCAGUUUUCUCGAGCAGCAGUUCUCGGAGUUGUGGGAAUGAAAAAGGAUGCCGGGAAACGUCGCAAGGCGCCGGACAGACUGCAGGAGGACUCGGGCCCCGCCCGGUCACCUUGCCUUUCCGCUCCACUAUCGCGUUCAGUCGCGCAUGGUCAUCAAGCAACUGGCAGGUCGAGUUUCCGUCAGGGCGAUGCACCCUUUGCUUUCUCUGCAUUCUGGCCCAAAAGUCUGUAAGCCCAAGUAAGAACGCAGGCACCGUGCCGAAUCUGUAGCCCACGUCGCGAAGCCCGCCCGCGCCAUCCGCUUGGCCGCCGUAUCUUGCAAAUAACUCUGGCACCCUAAUUAACUUGUUGUGCUUCAUCGGAGCACGCGCACACCGAAUUCGUGGUGCUCGCAUAG